AUGUACGCUGCUUUCAUACCCGUCGGCCCGACCGAGGUUGAUGCAAAAGACACCGUAGGCAGCUGGAAAGCUUGCAGCGACGAAUCAGAAUGCAUUCAUUGGCGAGAUCACACCGUCGAAUUGCGCAGAUGGAAGGUCACCGCCGUCCUAGACAGCGUCCCGGCCUCAUUGUUGAGUAAUGAGCCUCAUGCACACACGGGCAUCGACAAGGUGCCUGCGCUCAGCAUGAAGCUUUUGUAUUCCAAGCCCACGUUCAAGCGCCAUCGACGCAAAUCCUGUUCGUGA